AUGUUUACUAACAAAGAGAUGGAAUGUGAAGAUAUAUGUGGUGAUGGAUUAAUUAUUGAAAAAAACUGUGAUGAUGGUAAUUAAAACAGUGGUGAUGGAUGCAGUAAUGAAUGUGAGAUUGAAGCUGGAUUUAAUUGUCCUGCAGCUAAUUAAACAUGUCAUGAAAUUGUUCCACCUUUACUAACUAUAACAGCUAUAACUAAAUUAAAUCUCAUUCUGCUUGAAUUUUCAGAGCCAAUAACAAUAGAAAAUGAUAAAGUUUUUACUCUUGAAAAUCUCCAGAUUGAUAUUAUAGGGUCAAAACUUAAUUACAAUUUUGAUUGGAGAAUAAUUGAAGAAGGCAAUUAGUAGCUCGUACCAGAUAGAAAGAUUUAAAGAUUUAAGCUUAUACUAAGUGAGAUGCAAUAAAGUCUGUAGGGAUCAGAGGAUAUUAGUGUGACUUUCAUGAAUUCAACCCUUAUAAAAGAUCUUGCAAAUAACACUUUGUAAAAAAGAUAAGUAACUAUAAAUCCAUAUCCUUUUACUUAUUUGUCACCUGAAGAGAAAUAGAUUGUAUAGAGUGGAGGCUAGUCCCUUUAAUAUUCAUUUCCACCUUAAAUAUCAAUGUUUACUAGUUAUUUAACAUUCUCAAGUGGUGAUAUUGAUCUUAAAAGCUUUGUUCCUUCUGUAAUUAAGAUGAUAAUUAUAGAAGAAGAUGUGUAUGAACCUGUUGACUCUUAACAGUUUUAUUACAAAUUUUAGGCUGAUGAUCUAACUCCUUAUGUAGCAAUUAGUUACGGUGAGAAAAUUAGUUUAUGGAUGGUAUCGAUUUUGGUGAUACUACCGUUUACUAUACUUUUAAACAAGAAAUUUAAGACUAUAAAGUUAUUCUAAGAUCUAGUCUAAGGAUUCUUCUAUAAUGUACCCAUGAGAACUUUUAUGGAAUUAUAUCUAGAACUGAUAUUGAUAGUUUUGAUCAAUACCCAAUUCAUCAAAUUCUCUAAUAAAUCACAAAUAAUUGCAUCAAUUACUUUAUUUUUUGUGGGAUCUUUUUCAAUAAUUCUGCCAUUUCUUCUUAUGACAGUAAUCUUUUUAAAUAGAAAAAAUAUAGAAAAGCAUAGCUGGAUUGAUUCAUUUGGAGUACUCACAGAAGACUUAUAAUCAGAUCAUUUAUUGCAAAUCUACUAUUAUCCUCUGUUCAUUUUUCAAAGAUUAACUAUAUGCGCAAUCCUUGUGUUUGUAUUUAGAUACCCACUCAUUUAAUGUUUGAUGACACUAGCUUGCAAUAUAACAAUGAUUAUCUAUAUGAUAACAUAUAAACCCUUUAAAUAAGAAAACCUGCAAGCUACAACAGUCCUUGAUGAAAUAAUAAUAAUUCUAAUCAUUUUAAUCUUCUCAAUACUAAAGGCAAAUGAUUACAACUUAGAUGAGAGGAAAACAUAUGGUUGGGUUAUAGUAGCUCUAAUUGCUUUUAGUAUAAUUAAGAAUCUCGGUGUAGCAAUUUAUUUUGGCUGCAAUAAGGCAAGUUUAACUUAUCAAAACAUGUUCUUGUAAGAGGAAAGAGAAAUAGAUUCACCAAAUUCAAGCGAUAAUGAAUAUGAGAUUAUAGAUGGUGAUAGGUUUGGCAGAAAAAGAAUAAACAAAUUAAAUAAUCUUCUGAACAAAAAUACAAUAAAUGAAAAUAGUCAGCAAUAAGUUCAGGAAAUGAUUUUUUAAUGA